AUGUCCCUUGAAAAUAAAGUCGCCAUCGUCACAGGAGGCUCCAGAGGUAUCGGAGCAGCAAUCGCUGAGACAUUGGCACGCCGUGGUGCCAAGGUUGCAAUUACUUUUACCUCCGAGAGUAGCAAGGGAAUUACAGAGAAACUAGUGAAUAAGAUCAAAGGAUUUGGUACUUCAGCAGAUGCCAUCAGUAUCCAAGCCGACUUGCGUGAUGUUGCAAAUGCUAAACAUAUUGUUGAUGCCACCGUCAAAGCAUUUGGUCCCACCAUUCAUAUUCUUGUUAACAAUGCAGGCUUUCUAGACAAAGCAAAGCCAAUUGGAACAACGACAUUAGAUCAGUUUAACACUAUUUUCGAUUUGAACGUUCGAGCUGUUUUCUUCAUGACAGAAAGCGUAGCACCUCACCUCCCCAAAGAUAAAGGUGGCAGAAUUAUCAACAUUGGAAGCAUUGCUGGAAGAAAGGGUUAUGCUCAGUUUCCUCUAUACUGCGCAAGUAAAGUAGCAAUUGAGGGCUUCACAAGAUGUUGGGCCGCUGAAUUGGGCCCCCAAGGGCACACGGUGAAUCAAGUUAACCCAGGACCUGUUGUUACAGAUAUGUUGGAUACAUUUGAACUUGAAAUCGUUAAGGCCCAAGAACAAGCCACUCCUUAUGAACAACGAAACGCAAACCCUGAAGAAAUAGCAGCUAUUGUUGGGUUUCUCGUUGAAGAUAACGGACGAUGGGUUACUGGACAGGUAAUUUCAGCUUCUGGAGGAUUGGAAAUGUAUUAG